UCACAUGGUGUUGCGCCCACUUUCGUCCGGGCGUUUCGCAGUAAUGGCGGCCACAACAAACUCGGUAGAACAAGUGGCAGGAGCGAAAUCGGCGCCGUCUCCUAAUGUGCCGCUGGAACUGGGACAGCCUCCGGUCAUAGAGGGGUUCGCCCCGCGGUCGCGAGCCAGAGAUGAGGGCUUCAUGGACAAGUUUGCUAGGAAAACUAAGGAAAACCCCUUUGUGCCCUUAGGUUGCCUGGCGACGGCAGCAACCCUAACGUACGGCCUCAUAUCCUUCAAACAAGGGAAGACACGGCAGUCGCAGCUGCUCAUGCGGGGUCGCAUAUUUGCACAGGGUUUCACGGUGGUGGCGAUAGUGGUGGGCGUGGCAGCGGCCGCCCUGAAGCCGAAGCAAUGACCCCAGAUUUCAUUGGCAGAGCUGUCCGUCAUGUGGCUGUAGCAGCUCCUGCUUGCAGAUUUCCCCUCUGCAGGGCACCAGAACAGGGACCCACUUGUUUGCUGUAAAGGCCAGACAUUCUGUGUUCUGUCAAUCUGUGAUGCCUUCGUGUACCCAGGAGUUUCCAUAACAUGUACAUUUGCUUUUUAAGGAAUGCAAGGUGACAUUGAAACGAUUGUAAUGGCAUUGCUGCACACAUAAAGUGUGAUGCCUCUAAAGGAAAAAAGUGAUUUGAGUUGCUGCAAUGCUGUAACUCCAGUUUAUUACAAAAGGGGGGGGGGGGG